AUGGAAGGCCCUGACAUCUACCUCCGCGGCGGCGCCGGACCCAAUCGCGACGGGCCAUACCGACCGCCUUCGACGUACUCCAUCUCCAGCUCCUCUUCAUCGGAAGAGUUGACCAAGCUUCGGUCCAAGCGAACCACCAAAAAGCAAACUCCGACGACAAAGAGACAGGGCCACCACCAGGCUGCUCCCAGCAGCGAGUACACGGCCGCUCCCAGGAACAGGUUCAAGCACCGUGAGAGCAAGCGGCUCGGGAUCCAGGACAGCCCGCUCCGUCCCGCCCGCGCCAAACCCGUCCGCGAUAAGCCAAAUGCGGGUUCCGAGUGGAUGACAUGGGCCGCCUCAGCUGCCCGCAGCUCGGAUAGCCGUGUGCGAGAACUGACCAGCGGGUCAUGGCGGCCGACGAGAGCGCGGUUCGAUGCGCUGUGGCCAAUGGAUGGCGAGGUGCCUGAUGAGUGGUACGAGAAGUUGUAUUCACGGCUGUUUGAAAGCGUGCGGGACUUUGCAGAGACGUAUUUUGGGCAUGACGAUUUCCCAGACGUGGAUGUGGAUGGGGCCGAGGCCGAGGCCGAAGGAAAGGAGAAUGAGGAGGGCGCGAUCUGGUUGGAGGCAGGGCUCUCGAACAUAUUGCUGUCGUUUAUCGGGCAGAUUGCGAUACAGGACAACAACACUGGUGGGUGGGAUGCGCUAUUGACCCAAAGGGCUCAGCGAGAGUGUCUGGUCGUCGGGGUAGUUGGGAAGGUGCUGGAGACGGCGGUUUUUGACGACCUGCUUUUCGGCGAGAGCGAACCGGGAAAGACGAUGUUGGCGGCUCAGGAUAAGAGCACUGUUAACGCUGAAGGCUAUCACCGCACCAACCUACGCUCCCAAAACGUCCGCACUCUCUUGGCCGGAGAAACUUUGCCUUCCAGCUUCUGGGACGCCGUGGACCAGCUUGCGCUCCAAAUCACAACACUUAUGCUACCCCUUCUUGAGCUCGUUGAGAACCACCUGCCGGCCCGCAAGCUACGGUCCCUACGCAGGUUUUACCAGGACUUACACAUUAUCGUGUCGGAAGCCGGGUAUCUUUCCAUUGGUAUUCGCUGGUCGCGUAACAUAUUCCGUUUCUCACAGCCGUUCCCCGGCGAAGUGUGGAAUAAUGAUCAAGAGCAUGUUGACGACACCGUCUACAAGGCUUCAGAGGCUGCGGCUAAGAAGGCAGACUCGGCCGCGGAGCAGAAGUGGAAACUCGAACGAGCCGGCGCAAAGAAGGCCGUUUGGCGCCGUCCCUCCCGCAUGGGCAAGGUCCAGGUGGUUCUUUGGCCGAAGCUUGAGCGGUUCGCGACAAUCGGCAAGGUCGACCCGAUGACGGGCGUUGCAGAUGGUGAAAACCUCACCACAAUACUCAAGUCUCAGGUGGUGUACUACCACGGAUUGGCUAACCCAGAAGAUGAAGGAGAAGGCGGCGAUUACUCGACCUUGGAUGAGUGGGUGUCGUUGGCCAAGCGAGGGGGCGCAGUGAAGCGGUGGUUUCUGGUAUUGCGCUGGGCUACAUCCAUUUCUGUUCUGUGGUUGUUGCUGAGCGUUCUGGGGUUAUACAUCCCGGCCGUUGCCAACUUCCAGCAUGCCAUUACGGAAGAGAUUGCCAAGAUGUACCGCUGGUUUAUCACCUCGGUAUGGUCUCCGGUCGCCAGCAAGUCAUCUUCUUGGGGGUUUGGCUCCAGCAUCUGGAAGUGGAUUGCCCGUCAGUGGGCCUCCCUAGUGAGCUUGGUAUGGGGUGGUAAAAAGCAGGGUCCUGUUGAAGCGGUAUCGUCUCGUUUUGGUUGGGUCACUAGCUGGUUUUGA